GGACCGAGGAGACUAAAAAAAACAGAUAACUGUGGGGCUAGCACCAUGCAGCUCUGGAGCUUUGGGGCCCUGUGCCUCGCAGCUCUGCCAGGGCUGCUGUUGGCGGGGCCCAUUUUCGUGGAGGGGGACAGAGACACCUCCAGGAUAUGCAAGCCCCCGCCCCGCUGGAGCAUCGAGGGGAAGGUGCCUAUGGAGGCCCUGGCGGGGAAGGUGGGGGUGGUGGCGCUGCUGAAAGCCAGCUGACACUUCUGCCUCACGCAGGCAGCCCGUUUGGGAGACCUGCGUGACAAGCUGGUUCGGAGCGGGCUGGUGGACGUGGGCUUCCUGGUGGUGAACGAGCGGGAGGCCCAGUCCCGGGCCAUGUUCUGGGAGCUGAAGAGGAAGGUGGCGGAGGGCAUCCCCGUGUACCAGCAGGCCCCUCUCCAGGACGACGUCUGGGACGCCCUGCAGGGAGACAAAGACGACUUCCUGGUGUACGACAGGUGUGGACGCCUGACCUUCCACAUCGUCCUGCCCUACAGCUUCCUCCACUACCCCUUCAUCGAGGCCGCCGUGCGGGCCACCUACCACAAGGACAUCUGCAACUGCUCCGUGGGGAACUCCACGCUCUCUACGCAACAGAACGGCACGCAGUUCGGUGACACUGGCCUCGCUGCUUCAGGAAAUGCCACAACGAUGGAGUCCGUUGUCUCAGAAGGAGGGCCAGACACGGUGCCCCAGCCAGAGGGGGGCGCUAGAGACACCCCACACCACCAUAACAGCCAUCAGGAGAGCCAUGGGGCGGCGAACGACGGGCGACCCCACCAUCAUCACCACGGUGAACACGUACACCACGGGGGGCACGGAAGUCACCAGCAUAACCAUGGCGAUCAUCACCAUGACCACAGCGGUCACUAAAAGCAGAGGAACGUCUUCCACAACCAGGCGUCCUGUCAAAUAGGACUGGGGCCCUCCCAUACCAUACCCUGUGUGUUCCUUCAGCAGUGCUGAACUGAAGACGUUGUGAGGAGACGUCGUGCGCUUACGCGGUGGUUAGAGACUUUAUUGUGUUACCAGGCUGUUCCUCUGUUCACAUCAGCAUUGUUAGUCUUCCUUUAGUGUGCAUUAUUGAUGGAUGCUGUGCGUUGAUACGCAGGUCUCUUUCUUGUUUAAAACCACACAAUGACAUCAAGGAUUUCUGUGCCUCUCAGGUAGAUGUAAAACAUCAGUGUGUGUGCGCGCGCGCAUGCGUGUAUGCGUUCGAGACGUGCUUAAUGUUGUCUUCGCCCAAAAUUAGUUUUAGCACAAUUCUGUCUUUUUUUAUUUUUCUCUAAACCUCAUGGAUGGACUGGAUUUGGGUUACAUUAGCUGGGAAUUCAUCACUUGUGAUCAUUUGCUGUCGGUAAAGGCAGGUCAUUCUCACUAUAUGAUGUCACGCACGCCUGUUAAGUAUUUUCCUGCAGUGUUGUGUGUUUGGUUUAUUUGCAUGUGGAUGGUCUCUUCCUACGGCACUUAAUGAAAUCUGCAGUUUAAACCAAGUUAUUGGAGCUGCAGGUGGAUGCUGUGCAGGACAUAGUCUCAUUUAACGGGAUAAACCAAUCACACAGUUGUGAAGAGUGAAUUCAUACAGAACUCAUGACUCAUUCAUUUGAUGAUACACUGACUGAACAGGUUCAACGCGUGUGGUUUAAGUUUGUGACGCCUUUGCUUUCAGUAAAAUCGACACGUGUUUUUAAAACAUUUCCCAGCAACUUUGUUUGCAAACAGUAAUCCACUUCUUUGUCAUGAUGACAACACAAUAAAGUGAUAUAUUCUCUUGUAAAGACA